AGAUGCAUUUGUAUUGCUGCAUCCAUCUUUGAUUUAUGGAAACUUUACUUUGAUAGGUCUGUGAAAAUCAAUCCUCUGAGAAUUGGUGUAUUAAAGUGCUACUGAUAUAUUCCUCCAGUGUGGCACAAGUUUCCCUGCUGCUAGUUUUAUGAAAGGACAAGGAACUGACAAGAAAGAAUAACUUGCUGCAGAGGGGUGAAAAAAUUAAAUACACGGAGUGGGUUGGGGAGUAGGAGAGGAGAGAAGAGGGUGACUGCCACCUAUCCAGCAGACAGAGAAAAACUGCAUUGCAACACAGUGCCAUACUGUUUGCAUUCCAAUAAGCCAAGAAACUGUACACAAAGACUUCACUUGUGCUCAGAAUUCUACUCAAGACAAAUAUAUGUGGCGACCUAAAUUCAAGGGCGGCUCUUAAACUAAAAACAGAUUAUCCGUGUUUUUUUACAGGAUUUCAAUUAUCGGGGCAUCUGUGGGUCCCAAUUGACACGGAUAAUCGGGAGUUUACUGUACUUUGAUUCCUCAUGUCAAAGACUGGAGGCUCUACUGCAGAAUAAAACUAACAGAUAUUGAACAAGAAAGGAACUAGACUAGCAGAUGGUGCUAUAAGAGAAGGGUAUGAUGCAGUGAUAAAUGCAGGGACGCUGACGAAGAAACGGCAGUAUGGAGAGAUUGUAAUGCCUCUCCAGGCCGUCAUGGAGGUGGUGAAGCACUUUGAGAACUACAACAGCAUUCCGCAAGUCAGGCAUUUAUCAGAACAGGUUCAUCAGAUUCAUUUGGAGUUGGCUCACCAGAUAACCGGGGACUUCCAGGAGGCAUUCACAGGACCCAAUGCGAAGCAGUUCUCCCCCAACAGGCAGCUGGCGGAGGCAUGCCUCGUGGUCUCCAUACUGGACCCAAAAGUCAAGCGGGACCUGCUCAAAUGGUUCGUGGGACUGCAGCUGGCCGAGUAUCACCACCUGUUCCAAGAGUCCCAGGAUGCCGCGUGGCUGGACAAGGUGGACCGCCGCUACGCCUGGCUCAAACGCCACCUGCUAGAGUUCGAGGACAAGUUCGGCCCCAUGUUCCCGCCCGACUGGGACAUGUCACAGAGGAUCACCAUCGAGUUCUGCAACCUCACCAGGCAGGAGCUGGCCAAGCUGAUGGCCAAGCGCAAGUCCGAGAUCGACGUGAAGCUCCUGCUGUUUGCGAUCCAGCGCACGUGCACCUUCGAGAACCUGUUGGCACGUCGCUUCACCGGUGCCACGCUCGACGACGUCGACCCAAACCCGGGGAGGAACGCCCAGGCUUCAGCGUCAGUGAACCCGUUCGAUGCACCCGAUGCAGACGGGGACUCCACGAACCCGUUCCGGGAGGAGCUGGAGGAGGAAAGGGGAGAUGCGGGCCCUGCGGCGGACGGGCCGCUCAUCUCGCCAUUCAACGGCAUCAUCAGCAAGUGCUUUGAGCCGCACCUCUACAUCUACAUCGACAGUCUGGACAGGAACCUGAGCGACCUGAUUGAGCGGUUUGUCGUGGAUGCACGGCAGCGGCCAGAGGGCGGCGGCGCGGUGCUGGCUUCGUGCGCAGACCUCUUCGUGUUCUACAAGAAGUGCAUGGUGCAGUGCAUCCAGCUGAGCACUGGCCAGCCCAUGCUGGGGCUCACCGCCACCUUCCAGAAGUACCUGCGCGAGUACGCAGUGCGCCUCUUGCAGGGCGGCCUGCCCAAGAUCGCGGGCAGUUCGGGGUCGCUGGGCGCGAGCGUGUCCAACAUCACGCGGGACCUUUCCACGUCGGGCAUCAUGCAGAACUUCCAGAGCUUCCUGAAGGAGGGCGAGGUGACGCGCUACACUGGCGAGGAGCAGAGCCGUGUCUGCAGCAUCCUGACAACGGCCGAGUACUGCCUGGAGACCACCCAGCAGCUCGAGGAAAAGCUGAAAGAGAAGGUGGACGCUAACCUGCGCGACAAGAUCAGCCUCUCCCAGGAGCAGGACAUGUUCCACAACGUGAUCUCGAACUGCAUCCAGCUGUUGGUGCAGGACCUGGAGGCGGCAUGCGAGCCGGCGUUGCUGGCCAUGAACAAGAUCUCCUGGCAGAACAUCGACACGGUGGGCGACCAGAGCGGCUACGUCACUGCCGUCACAUCGCACCUCAAGCAGACCGUGCCGAGCAUACGUGACAACCUCGCGUCGUCGCGCAAGUACUUCACCCAGUUCUGCGUCAAGUUCGCCAACUCGUUCAUCCCCAAGUUCAUCAACCACAUCUACAAGUGCAAGCCCAUCAGCACGGUGGGUGCGGAGCAGCUGCUGUUGGACACGCACAUGCUGAAGACUGUGCUGCUGGACCUGCCCACCAUCGGCUCCCAGGUCGCCCGCAAGGCCCCCUCCAGCUUCACGAAGAUAGUGGUGAAGGGCAUGACGAAGGCGGAGAUGAUCCUGAAGGUGGUGAUGGCGCCCACGGAACCGGCGCGUGCCUUCGUCGACCAGUACGCCAAGUUGCUGCCCGAGUCGGAUGCCCAGGAGUUCCAGAAGGUGCUCGACAUGAAGGGCCUGCGCCGCAGCGAACAGGCGCACUUGCUGGACCUGCUGCGCAGUGAGCGCCCGGGCAUGGGCGCGGGCCAUGACACGGCGGUGCGCAGCCCUGAACAUGAGUCCAGCCACAUCAAGAAGCUGGAGAAGCUCAUCAAGAAGAGGCUGUAGCCAUCCCGACCACUGCCCUCUGGCCAGGGCGAACAGGGUCGCAGUCCCGUGGGGGUGCUUCCUGUUACCCCACCAGUGCUCCAUCCUCAUGUCACCUGCCCCUCUAAUGGUCCGAUGCUGUUGAGACUUCCUAGUUUAUUAGUGCAUGCCGGCAUCUGAACAUUUUGUACUGCGCUUCUGAUAUCGCCACCAUUCCCACCUGGCCUAAUAGUCAACUUAUUGGGAUAAGUGAAUGCACUGUAACUGUGUGCGUACAAGACUCAUUCUCCCAUUCAGUUAGCAAAGCUUACACUACCUUGCGGCAAGGCAUCGCUUAGGAAACUAUAGCAUGCUGCGAGUCAAAAAGAUUUCACAAUCAUGAGAUGACGUGACAUUUUCUGCUGGGAACACUUGUUGGUUCGGUAGGUGCUACCUCCUUCCUUUAGUGAUUUUUUUCAUACAGUAUAUAUAGUUUCAGAUAAAAACCUAGACUAGACGAGUUUUAAAUUUCUGGAAAAAUUCCAGAUAGUCAGGGAACUGUAUGGUAUGUCAGGGAAUUUAAAUAAAAUGGUUAGAAGUAUGCUCAUCGUGUAUCGUUUAUCGAUUAGCCAUUAACUGGGUCAUUCAUAUUUAUAGCCAAGAUUUUAUGGUGUUAUAAAAAAGCACUUUUUGUUAUUAAGAAUUGUGGAUUUUGUUUUUAUCGUCAUAAAAAAUUAAAAUACAUGUAAUAACAUGUCCACACUAAGCACAAGUUGUGUUACUUGAAUGCUUCAACAAGCACUUAAAAUAUGCAUGUUAAUAAACAAUAUAUGUUGAUGAGAGUAAACAAAAACUGAAAACUAAAACAUUUAGUAUUCUUCUGUAAUGUUCCUGAGUUGAGGAGAAAGUCAUAAAUAAAUGAAAAUUGAAAGUACAGUUAAACAUUUGUUCUUUUUGUACAAUAUACUUUAGUUCAUGAGAAAGCCACCAAUGUCAACCGUUCAGCAUUCUCUGUUUUCAGAGAUCUUCUUCUGUCACUAACAACUACGGAAUAUUUCAAAACAAUAUUUCCGAGUCCACAUUAGUUGCAGGUAUCCUAUUAACUUUAAAGCAACAGCUGCGAAUUUAGGAUAAUCCGCUUUCAUUCUACACAGAAUGUCCACCAUGUCUAUGUGAUUCACAUGCAGUUUCUUCUGCUCUUUGGAAACCUGGUUUUGGAGCAUUAUGUAACCUGUUGCUACAAAGGUCUUCUGCAUCUUCCAACAUGUUUCUGGAAUUCUUUAUCUUCCACAUGAAGUUUCCUACAUUGAGGAUUCAUUAUAGCACAGAUUCCCAGAAACAGUUGACAAGAUGAAUCAGAUGAAUCAGAUCAAUUAGUUUUACAAGACAGUUUAGCUGUGUUCUUGAACGGCUCUUUCUUUUCAGCAAAAAUGUUUUCAACAUUUUCAGGAAAUAUUCUCUUAGCCAAAACGUCGAGAGCAGUUUGAGAUUUACUCAAUUUUGUACAGAGCUGAUGAGCAUUAACGUGUUUUGAUCCUUCAAGAAAAUGAAUCAGCUCUACAAAGAUGUUAUAGUUCUGAGCCACAAAUAUCAGAGUGGCCUCAAGAAAUUGCAACUCUUCCUUCUGACGUCCCUUGAUACAUUUAUUACCAGUGUUCUUCACUGAGCUGCUCAAAUAAUUCCACAAUGUCAUGCAGAUGGGGUGCGAGGUAUGAAACAGAUACACACCACGUUUUUCAUCGUGUAACAACAGGCCUCAGGAAAAACCUGACCAGAGCCUUCUUUUAUCCGUGUUUCUGGAGUAGGAAUUCAAGGUAUGCUUGCCUCCUGUUUCUGGUGUUAAGGAAGGCCAUCUUACCUGCAAACAAGAGGUGCAGUUCAUUCCAUUUCUGCCCGAGAGUGUUUGCUUUAUCGGCCCAACAUUGUAUGUGGUACAUAUGAUCACCAAAUUCACCUUCAAGGGUGCCAGCAGAUUUUAUCAUGAAUCUGGCCUUGCCUGUAACAUAUGCAAAUACAUAUGUUUUCCUCUUUAACUUCAUAUUUAGAGCACAUAUCAAUCACUGCCAGAGAACAACAAACAGCAUUGGCUGCAUCAAGGACACAAGAAGCCCCUUGUUCACCACCUGGUCCCAAAAUUUUAAACAAGAUAUUGUCAGUAGUUUCAUGUGCUAGUAUGACUACUACUUGUCCCAUGAGCUGCUGCUUUAUGAUUUCAUAUUCUUUGUUCCCUCUAAGUAGGGGAAUGUACAUUUUCAUCAUCCAAUCUGCUGUUGGAAGAUCACCAGCACCACUUGCAUGCUUCUGCGUCCAUGCAGUCAGCUUCCUGUUGUCAAGUUUCUCAAGAAAUACCUGCAACUACAAAGGCUUCAACAGUUUUGAGAACAAAAUCUUUUUGUUCUUUGUGCAUACUUGUGCCACUCCUGCUUCUGGGAUAGAAAGCUGUCGUUUCAGAGUGAAUGAGGAUCGUUCUGCUUUUACAUGCUUGUCACUGAUGAUGUGCUUGCUUGUUUACUGUUUCCUUGCGUUCAUGCUCCAAAAAUCAGUUGCAAUAUUUACAAAAAAUGUAUUUUUCAAUCACUGACAUACUGAUCUUUAUUCUUAAACUCAUCCGCAUGUGAUGCUGCAGUAGUUUUGUUUUUUGGUAUGAUUAAAAAAUGUAUAUUUUGUUUAUGCAUGUCAUUUGUAAACAAAGCCCAUAGAUACCAAAAAAUAGUAAAUACUGGAGUUGAAGCAAAAAAUCACUUUUUCAGCACGUGCGCUAACACCACAAAAAUUGUUCAAGAAAAACCAAUGCUUGAAAUUGUUAUACAGGGAAAGUCAAUCUAAUAAGUUUUUUAUUAAUGUAAGUGUUUAUUUUUAUUAUCUAACAUAGUUAUUUUAUCUUUGCAGUUUUCGUUUGUGUUUUUUUUGCGAAUGGUGCAGCAAAUACAGUGCUGAUGAAAAUCUUCACACUGUUAUGUUUGGUAUCCUGUUAAAUUUAGUUUUCAACUGUCAAUUGUUAGUGGUACGUUAUCUCUGGUAGAGAAGCGUGUUAACAAAGUAAAUUGAACAGACCCUAACCUAACUCCGACCACGGACCUCAGCUUUUCUAAUUUUUGAGGAUAGGCAAAUCAUUAACGCAUUAACCACACUGCAGUGGGAUGAUGAUCAUUUUUUCUACAAAGAGAUGCUUACGAACCAAUGGUCGGUAGUUUAAGAUUUAAUUCAAAAUUAAGGUCUUAUUUUGUGAUAAGCAAAUAUUUCGCAUUUUUCGUGGUUUGGGGUGAAUUUCACUUAAAAAUUCGUGAUUUUGCAUAAAACCAUAUAAUCUUGGCUUUAUUUAUAUUGUAUUGGUCAGUUUUUGUUGUAUUGUUGUGCCAAGUAUGUUUGAGCAGAGUUGAAUUUUAUGGCAAGUGAGACUGAAUUCUGUGUCUGAACAUACCUCUGAAUUAUUAUGUAAUAAACAGCAUCUUGUACAUAGGUUAUAUGCCUUUGUUACUGUUCAAGAAAUUCUGCCACAGAAUUGAAGAAUUGGCAAGACAAAGUUGUGUAUUAUUAGGAAUUCACAUAAAAAAAAUUUUGUCUUGGUUUUUAUGGAAAUAUUACAUGAGGAAAAAGUCUGGGUUUUGCUAAACACCUUUGUUUACUUUUUUUUAUGAUGGUAAAUACAAUAAUUUGCCCGCCUAGUCAGGGGUAUACUGUGAUAGUGAGGCGGGAUGAUAAGUGCAACAUUCACUGGUGUUUCUAGUGCGGUAUCGCCUCUAAGUGCAAGGCUGUGAACUGGCGUGAAGUCUUCUCGUGCAUGGAGCGACUAUGAGAUUUCAGCGGUAACUAUAACAUUAUAUAGCAGAGAAAUUAAGCUAAAGGUGUAAUGCAAGUCCCUUGAGUGCUUUCAAGAGUAUGUAUUGGAUGAACCAAAGUUUAGAAGUACAAAGGGAAACUUUAUAUAUUAAUUGUUAAAUUAAUUUUAACAAGAUGGGCAGUACUUUAAUAUAAUUGUUUGUCAAAAAUAAGGCCCAUAACCAGGAUUUAGUAUUUUUUCAAGUCUUUUUCGCUUUUAUCUGAACCAAUUUCAUUAUAUAGCUAAAAAAAAAUUUUGCUCGGCAAAUUGAAUGAUUCGACAGUCAACGUAGUUGCUCCAAAAGCAAAUUUUAGCAGCGGGUGCAGAAACUACGUGUGAUUUGCAUCUAUAAAAUGUAGUUGGAAACACAAUUUGCUUAUAUUUAUCACACUCUGCAUUAUUUAUAAGAAUUCUACGUUAAAUUUCGUGUCCGAGGCCUAAGUUUUAUAGUAUAAGUGUAUUUGCAACAUAAGAACACGUGAGUUUGCUCGUUACAGAGGUUAGACAUUGCACAUCACAAGCAAGCACUGAAAGACUUGCUCACUUUUUUUUUCUUUUCUUACUGCCACAUGGUUUUUGAAGAGAGGCCACGUAACUAACUCUAGUGACGAAAGGGGUACCAGAAAAGCUCAAGUAAAUCUGGAAUAAAUUUACUAUUUAAAAUAAUUUUGUAGGUCUAUGUACCUGAAUUAUGGUUUACACUCCAUAAUGUCUGUUUUGACUGUGGACUGAUAACACCAUCUUCCUGACGGAACGACUUACCGCGGCGGCGCGAUAACAAAGACUGACUAGUUGCCGGCACUGCAGGGGGCAAAGUUUUACAACAGGACGCUUGACCAUCCCAUUAGAGGUGCGGACAGUCGCAACAUGAGGAAUAUUGUCAUUUCCUGGAUGCAGUUGAAUGAUGCGUCCUAAACGCCACUGCAAGGGGGGGAUCCUGUCAUCCUUGAGCAGCACUAGUUGAUCUGGUACCAUAGGUCUGUCUUGUCGAGACCACUUGCCACGCUGCUGCAGCGUGUGGAGGUAGUCUUGGUGCCAACGCUUCCAAAAGUCUUGGUGCAGACGUUCCACCAGCUGAAAACGCUGCAGACGGCCAAUGGGGAUGGCUUCCAAGGUGGGUUCAGGCAGCGCGACCAAGGGUUCAAGGGUUAGAAAAUGGCCUGGAGUGAGAGCCUUCAGAUCAUUUGGAUCUGAACUCAGUGGGCAUAGUGGUCUUGAAUUUAGGAUCGCUUCCACUUGCACCAAGGCCGUGUACAGUUCCUCGUACGUCAGUACCUGCUCGCCAAUAACUCGCCUGAGGUGUGUCUUGAAGGACUUCACCCCUGCCUCCCAUAGCCCACCAAAGUGCGGGGCAGACGGGGGGUUGAAAUGCCAUGUCACUCCAAGUGGCUGCAGAGAUUCUGUAACACCUUUCUGGUGUUCUGAUGACGACAACAGCUGCUGUAAUUCUUGCAAAUGAUUGCGAGCUCCGACAAAAUUUGUCCCACAGUCACUAUAAAUGUCUGAUGAUCGGCCCCGGCGAGCAAGAAAGCGCUUGUAAGCUCCAAUGAAAACUUCAGUGGACAGAUCUGAUGCCAGUUCCACAUGCACUGCCUUAGUUGUACAGCAUACAAAGAUGCACAUGUAGGCCUUUAAUAGGGUAGGUCGACGAAUACGUGCCAUUUUUAUGGUGAAGGGACCCGCAUAGUCCACUCCUGCCUUGGAAAAGGGCUUCACCUGUUGAACUCUCAUGGCUGGGAGAUCACCCAUUAAUGGGGCUUGAGUAGAGGGUCUAGCCUUGAAACAUUUAAGGCAACGACCUAAACUACGACGUAUUGCUUGCUUGUCUGCAAUGAUCCAGAAGGUUUCUCUGAGAAUGCCUUGCAGAGUUUGUAGUCCAGGGUGCUGGUUAAGUUCGUGGUAAUGACUAAUGAUGAGAUCUGUGAAUCGAUGAGUUUUUGGCAACAGAAUGGGAUGUUUGUGCUCAAAGGGCAAACUAGACUGAGGCAAACGACCGCCCACCCUGACCGUUCCAGAGGGAUCGAGGAAUGGGACCAGUUUACGAAGCUGUGGGGAUGUACACUUAUCAUUUUUUAGAGCUGUAAUAUCACCCUCAAAAACAAUAGCUUGCACUCGUUUGACCCAAAACAUCAUUGCCCCUUUUAUCUCAUGAGUACCAAUCUGACCUACUAACUUCGCCUGCUUGGCACGGCAGUUGUGAAUGAAUCGCAACACGUAGCACGUUACAUGAAGCAGUCUUGACAGACGACUACAUCGUUCCAGCAGUUGAUCACACUGAUGAGGUGUUACAACACUGAUGAGAGUGAGGUUCUUUUUCUCUAGCACCACUGAAUCAGGUGCCAUGUCAUCAAAUGCUAUUUGGACAGGCCACUGAGAGGGUUGAUGUCUUAGCCACUGUGGACCACACCACCACAACGAGUGGUUCAGCAAGUCUACAGGAAGCAAGCCUCGAGAGGCACAGUCUGCUGGGUUGUCUUCGGAACGUACAUGUCGCCACCAGGAGGUUUCAGUGCAGUCUUGAAUUUCACUUACUCUGUUUGCCACAAAAGUCUUCAACUGAUGUGGCGCAGUAUUGACUCAGGCCAGAACAACUUGGGAGUCAGUCCAGGCAGUUAUGGACUGAAGCUUAAUAUGGUGUUUGUAAAUUGCCAGAGUAUGCUGCAGCAACCGAGCCAACACUAAAGCACCACAUAACUCUAAACGAGGCAAUGAAACUACCUUGACAGGUGCGACCUUUGACUUCGCAACCAAGAUAUGUACUUUCACAUCACCCUUACAACUCACACGCAGGUACACAACAGCUGCAUAACCCUUGUCAGAGCUGUCACAGAAUCCAUGAAGUUCAUAAGAGCAAUCUGAACAGCCUUUGACAUGUCUGGGAACUGUAAGGGACGACAAGUGUGGCAAGUCUUUACUGAAACAUUCCCACACUCUUACAAUCUCAGGCGGUGGAACUGUAUCCCAAUCCAGUUUCUUCAGCCAUAAUUCCUGGAUGAGGCUCUUCGCGAACAUGGUCAAGGGUGUCAGGAAACCAAGAGGAUCAAAUACGCGAGCCAAAUUAGACAAGAUAGAACGUUUUGUUGGUGAUUCAGAGCUAGCCUGGACAUUGUACGAGUAGGUGUCCGAGAGUGGGUUCCAUUGCAGCCCAAAUACCUUUACUAUUACUUCACUGUCUUGGUCCAUGGAGAAUGGCCUUGGCAGUUGAACAGCAUUGGGAGGGAGCCACUCUAGGAGCACAGGAUUAUUACUCAUGAAUUUGCGUAACAUGAACCCACCUUUAUCGAGAAGUGUCAUGAGUUCUCGCUGAAGUUCCAAGGCUGCAUCUACUGAGUCAGCUCCCGUCACAACAUCAUCCACAUAGAUAUCUGACAAGAGUGUCCUUGAAGCAGUAGGAAACUGUUCCCGCUCAUCAGCAGCAAGUUGAUGCAGGGUGCGAAUUGCUAAGUAAGGUGCUGAGGACACUCCAUACGUCACGGUUUUCAGUCGAUAAUCUUCAACUGGUUCCGAUUUAUUGAACCGCCACACAAUUCGUCGAAAAUCUUGAUGCUCUCUGUGCACACCUAUCUGCCUGUACAUUUGCUUUAUGUCAGCGGUAAACACCACUGGGUGAAGGCGGAAGUUACUUAGUACCUUAACAAUGUCUUGCUGCAGCUUGGGUCCCGUGAGCAGUUCAUCAUUGAGAGAUACUCCAGUUGAACCUUUGGCUGAUGCAUCGAAGACUACACGAAGUUUGGUGGUUGAACUGUCUGGCUUGAUUAUGCAGUGAUGAGGAAUGUAAAAGGAAGUAGAGCAAUCAAUCUGUGACUUUGGAACCUUUUCCAUGUGGCCUGCCAUCAAAUAAUCCUUCAUGAAAUCUGAAUACAUUCCAUGAAGUGGAACAUUGUCACUCAGUCGCCUCUCCAAACGCUCAAACCUGCUCAAUGCAAGGGAUCGAGAGGUUCCCAAUUCGGGUUCAGGAUUCCUGAACGGCAGGGCAACACUAUACCGCCCCUCAGCACUUCUACAAUGUGUUUUCUUGAACAGUUCUUCACAUACAGUGUCAUCUUGGGAGAGGUAGUGUGUGUGUGGAAAUUCCUCCAGCUCCCAAAACCUUUUCAUUACUUCCUCCAAGGGGGAAAUGGUGGUCACCAUGGAUGUGACAAAGGUUGCAGUUCUACAAGAUGCUGUCUCCACUUUUCCCAUAAGGACCCAUCCCAGUACUGAGUUGAGGGCCAUGGGAGAGCCUUCUAACUUACCACCAGUCAAUAAUUGUGGAAACAAGUCGGCUCCAAGAAGCAAAUCUACAGCACCAGGGAUAUCAAAUGAGGGAUCCGCUAGCUUGAGGUGAAUAACAGACUGACGAGUGUCAGAAGGCAACUGAACACUGGGCAAGCUAUUAGCAAUUCGUGGAAGGAUGAAGGCAUCGAGAGUAAACCGAGGACUGUCUUCACCAACUGGACUAAUUACCAAAGAAGUGUAAGACUUGGCAACAUUCACUGGUGUAUUGGAUAAACCCUCUAUGGGUAGGUGAGCAUUUUUGCGAGGCAGACUCAAACACUGAAAACAUCUUUCACUGAUAAAACUGGCCUGGCUGGCAGAGUCUAGCAGGGCCCGAAACGUAUGUGGGUUUCCACGCACGUCAUGAAUCUGAACCUGGGCUGUCGACAACAGGACUGUUGACACUGAGUGCACAGCACUACAAGAGGUGACAGUGGAUAAUGUUGAGGUUGGAUUUACGUCGUGUACAGUCGACUGUCCCUCUGCAGAGUCGGGAGCAGCAUCACCUUGUUCAUCCUCACAAGUUUCGUCCUCAAAAUGUAAAAGUGAAUGAUGACGCGAACCACAAUGGCGACAAGAUGAACCCACGAGGCAGUUUUUUGCUUGAUGUGAUGAUCUAAGGCAGUUAAAACAUAGUCUAGGUUGUCUGACUACAGAGUAUCUCUCUGUUGGGCUAAGCUGAUUGAAUUUAGAGCACUUAAACAAUGAGUGAGCACUGCUGCACAUUUGGCAGGAGUGUGUCUCUGAUUUGGCAAGGAAGGUAUUUGCACUUUGGUAUUUAGGCAGAACAGACUUACGAACAGGUGCAAAAGAGGGGAAAUUUUUCUGCCGAGUGAUCUGUGUUGUUGGUACCUUUCCCCUGGAUGAUAUCACAGCCUCUUGAGCACGACAGUGCUUUUCCAGGUAUUCGGUGAACUUGGCCAAGGAUGGUAGGUCUUGACCGGUGAGUGUCAUUUCCCACUGGGUUUGAAGUACCACAUCUAAUCGCUUGCAGAGAAUAGGAAGCAAUAUUAAAUCCCACUGACUGACUGGGACAUCAAGUGCGGCCAAUGCUGCCACAUUUUCCGUGAUAACCGUUAAAAGAUGUCGAAGUGAUGCUGGUGCAUUAGCAGAUGCAAAGGGUGCCUGCAGAAGGGCUUCAACAUGAACCGAUAUGAUUAAGCGUUUGUUGUCAUACCGAUCAGUGAGUAAUUACCAGGCUACUUUAAAAUUCACGUCUGUGAUUGUCAACGACUGAAUCAACUGAAGUGGCUCAUCACUUAGUGCGGUUUUGAGGUACACUAGUCUCUCAACCUCAGUAAGGUUGGCAUUCGUUGUCACAAGAGUGGUGAACAGGUUGGCAAAAUUCAUCCACUCCCUAGGGUUGCCAUUGAAAUGUGGCAGCACUAUUUUUGGUAGAGCAACGUGAGAAUUCCCGGAUGAAAUACUCUUUGUCUGCUCCUUUAAGUCUCUAGCGCUCUCUUCAAUAGUGAAGGACUCCACGGCGGCCAUCGCUGAAUAAUAGUAAUUUUCAAAUGAGAUUAUGCGAGCUACAUGGGCUUCAGGAUCGAAACCCGUAGCUGGGUCCGCUGCAGCCUCCACAGCGAGAUAGUCUGCAUCAAAACCAGUUUUCACUGAAGCAAGAUCACGAGCCGUUGCAAGAAAUAGGCCCCUUUUAUUCGGGUCCCCCGCCGCAGUGUGUGCAAGGUCCGCCGCACGUUUAACCCGGUCUUCAGCAAGUCUAAGGCGCAAUAACGCCGACCGAACGUGUGCCAUGAUGUACUGUUAUUGUGUCAAAACACGUAAUCUUUAUUCAUUGAAACAAAGAACUGUGACGUCAUGCAACGGACAAAGGCAACUGCGGGGUACGGCGAACAAGGCAGCGACAGGACACUAAAGGACAAAGGCAGCGACAGGACACUAAAGGACAAAGGCAGCGACAGGACACUAAAGGACAAAGGCAGCGACAGGACACUAAAGGACAAAGGCAGCGACAGGACACUAAAGGACAAAGGCAGCGAUGGGAUACUAAAGGACAAAGGCAGCGACGAGACACUAUGGCCAAAGGAGACGAGGGGACAAACAAGGGAAAGGUCACGGACCCUGAACAAUGAUAAAGGACGGCGACGUAAUACAAAGGAGAGGUUAAAGUCUCGGCGCGGCGCGGCGCGGCGCACUCAGGAAAAAUACGAUAAUUUCCAAAUCCGUGACAAACACAACAAUAGGGUGCUUCACGUCUGAUGCAUUUACACGAGCAAGUUAAUUGCAUCAGAGUACAAAACAAAUAUGAUCAAUGCACUUCAGACGUCAACGGACCACACUCGAACUGAACGACGCAUAUCGACGCACGCCGACGAAGUAAACUAAACACCUACGAAACUAUUUCUUGAAAGACUAAACACGCCGGCAAGAUCCGGCCCGGAGGACCAAAUGUUUUGACUGUGGACUGAUAACACCAUCUUCCUGACGGAACGACUUACCGCGGCGGCGCGAUAACAAAGACUGACUAGUUGCCGGCACUGCCAGCUAGUGGCGCUACCGCAGCCAGUAGCGCGGGAAGUUCAAACACAGUCUUGAUUUAAGGAAUAUCUCAAAGUCCCAACAUAUUUACACAAAUUUAAAAACAUCACAAGUCCAAACAAUGUCUUUUUCACUAACUCAUCAAAAAGUUUGGGUUCACAUUAUAUCCAGUAUGUUAUUACUUUAAGGUAAAUACGGUAAAACUUUGCCUGAAUAAUUGUGUCACAAUCGCUCACUACAGCUUGUCUUCAGUAGUCCCAAUUUCCCAUGGUGGCUGAAGCAGAGUGUGAGCGCCAGUGCUUGUGUGGAUCCUAGACGGGCAUGAACCUCAUGAAUCUGAUCCUCCAGCGUGUCCUCGGGAGCAAUAUGUCUCAAGUCUCGAGUUAUGUUGUAUGUCUGCAGUUUUGAAUUACUUGUCAAGAAGUUUGUAACAUUCUGUGUGAAUGUUGUCAGUAUUAAAUUAUAUUUUUAUAUUAAAAAAAAUAAA